AUGGCAGAUCAAAUUCUUGACCAGGUUCGGGACCUUGCUGAAGGCCAAAUUGACUUUGAAGGACAAAGAUUGGCCGAAUUCUUGACAACAGCUUUACUAGCAAUAUCCGGAGCCGUUGCUUUCUUCGUUGGCUUCUUCAAACAAGAUAUCAAACUUGCGCUUGCUUUCGGUUUGCUUGGAACGGCCUUUACCUUUGCCAUUGUUGUGCCUCCAUGGCCAUUUUUCAAAAGACAUCCCGUUAGAUGGUUGCCUUUGGGGGGAAGGGAUGCAUCGUCACCAGGAAUCGUUGUGGAUGGAAAGACUGUUGCUUGA